AAUUUUUUCCUUUUUCUGUCGGAUGGUGAUGUUGGAAGUGACAAAAAAAAAGUUUUACUGCUCGUCCGUCUUUACAGUUUUCCUAAUUGGCACUUAACUACUAACUAGUAACUAGUACGCAAGUAACUAAUCGGUCUAGUGAAUUACUAUUAGUGGCAAUAGCAGCGCGAGUGUGAAGCAUUGUGAUUUUGUUGGAAGAAAAGUGAUUACGUGUGGAAACGGAACGGAACACAGUUAGUAGGAAGCAAAUUUGAUCCAAAAUGAGUGAUCAACAGUCACGAGACCAGCCACCACAGCUGGCACGUGGAGUGCAGGCACUUAAAGAUCACAUUAUCCUGAACAAGAUCGAUACGGCACUGUGGGCAUCCCGUGUGCUAACGAUCCUGUUUACCAUUGGCUACGUCAUUCCAAUUUUCGGAAAUCCCACCAAUGCCUACUACAAAGUAUUAAUGGCUAAUGCCGCCACAAGUGCACUUCGCCUCCACCAGCGCAUGCCGCCCUUCCAGCUAUCGCGAGAUUAUCUUCAGAAGCUGCUGCUAGAGGACUCCUGCCACUACCUGUUGUACUCGCUCAUUUUCCUGUACGCCUAUCCGGUGCUGUUGAUCAUCUUCCCCGUGACUUUAUUCGCUGUGCUGCAUUCGGCUAGCUACUCGCUCACGCUGCUCGACACACUCGGACAAAACUCAUGGUGGGGCGCCCGGCUGUGUAUCUCUCUGGUGGAAUUCCAAACCAGAAACAUCCUGCGGUUGGCAGCAUUUGCCGAAAUCUUCAUUAUGCCCCUGGCCAUUGUAUUAGUAUUUCUGGGAAAAGCCGGUAUUAUGACUCCAUUGGUGUACUACCAGUUCUUGGUGCUGCGCUACUCGUCUCGUCGCAACCCCUACACGAGGAACGUAUUUUACGAGUUGCGUCUGGUUACGGAUAAUUUCGCCAACGGUGCACGCACGCCACCAGUCGUGCGCAAGGUGCUCCAAGGCAGCAUUAGCUUUAUCAGUCGGUUAGCGCCUCCGAUGCAACAGCAGCAGCAGUAAAUGCGCGCAAACAGCGGCGAGCUGGCUAAGCAGAGAGGGGUCGAUAGUAGUUAAAUAAUUUCCACAAAACAAACAACAACAAUCAUUUCGAAAGACCAUUCGCACACACCCAUCAUCAAUCACACCUUGUUUUUUCCAUGAUGCGGAUUUUAAAUAAAGGCAUUUGGGGUAUGAAGAUAGAAAAGACAUCGACAUUAAAGGCACGUCAAAGUGAAUGUGCAGGUAUUUUCUUACACUAACAAACAACACUUUCAAUGUAGGACAUGGGAAAACCUCAAAGUAAGUUAGUUUAACAUUUUCUUUUUUUUUGUUGUCGCAAUAUAAAGUAUUUCAUAGUCGUUUCAAAUCAUAGAAAAACACGGACGAUCAUUUUACACAUGUUAGGGUGUAAAAGUACUAGUUUCCUAUACAUUUAAAGAAUACUGACCAACUUUAUCCUGCUGUUAGUAAAUCAAGACAGCCGUAAAUUAGUGCUUUUCCCCUUAUUGGAGAUUUUUUACAACCCCAGGAUUAAUCACAGUAAAAUUUAGGUUAUUAUUGCGUUCCAUGUUUUAUUGAACAGCGGUAGAGUUUAAAUAUUCUGUUUUUCAUCCUACUAUGAGGAUGGUUGCGAACAAAAAAACAAAAAAAAAAUGUGAACAUGCAAGGUUUAUUGGGCAAUAUAUGUUAACAGAGUGACACAUUUCCUAUAACGUGA